UAGGAGCCCUUUCCCCGACACCUCCUGGGUCGCCGGAUUGUCACCCCGGCCCCACCAGCACCGCUCCCAUUGGCAGAAAGUUCCAGGGUCGCGCCACGAUUGGUCAACCUGCUUCAAGCAGCUCGUGGGCCCCGCAGGGCUGCGCAACCAAGUGGCUCGGGCAGUGGGCUGCAUGGCGCCUGGGGCAGCUGACCCGCUGCUCCCGGCGCCAAAAGUCUCUGAGUCAUGCCGCCGCCUGUGUUGCUUUGUGGGUUCUGAUGCUGCUACUUGGCCGCGGCCGCCCGCGCCGGCUUCUCGGGGGAUCGCUGCAGCUGGAGAGGCAGCGGUCUCACCCAGGAGCCCAGCAGCGUGGGGCGGCUGGCCCUGGCCUGUGCAGAGGGCGGGAUCGAGUGGCUAUACCCUGUUGGUGCGCUGCGCUUGACCCUGAGCAGUUCUGACUGUAGCGCGCGGCUCCGCAUCGCCUGCUUGCGGCCGGUGCGGCCCUUUGCUGGCGUCCAGGUCUUCGCUGAGAGGGCAGGCGGCGUCCUGGAGCUGCUGCUGGCUGAGGGCCUGGGCCCAGCUGGGGGUCGAUUCGCGCACUGGGGUCCCCGCGAGCGCCGGGCCCUCUUCCUGAAGGCCACCCUGCACCGUGACAUCAGCCGCCCUGUGGCCUCCUUCCGCUUCGAGUUGCGAGAGGAUGGGAGUCCGGAGCUGCCUCCGCAGGCCCACGGUCUGGAUGAGGAUGGUGCCUGCAGGCCUUGCAGUGAUGCGGAGUUCCUGCUGGCCUUGUGCACGAGUGACUUCGUGAUCCAUGGGACCAUCCACGGGGUUGCCCACGACACAGAGCUGCAGGAGACUGUCAUCACCAUGGCAGCUGCCUGUGUCCUCAACCAGACACUGCCACUGUUCCAGGUGAAGGGCCCUGGGGGCCUGGUGCAGGCCUCCCUUUGAACCCCGCUACGCUGCGGUGUCUGCCCUGGUCCUGGCACUUUCCUCUUCAUGGGCUGGAGCCAUUCCGGUGAGGCCUGGCUUGGCUGUGCUCCCCGCAUCCAGGAAUUCAGCCGUGCCUGUGCAGCUGCUCAUGCCAACCACCUCUACCCCUGCGAGGUGGCGCUGGACUGAGGGGUCUGGGAGCGGGGCUCUGGGGAGAAGCCAGGAGGAGGGUGGGUGGGGAGCGAGUGACCUCCAAAGGGCACCUCAAUACCAUCUGCUCCUGAGGGAGCAGCAAUAACCAAUAAGGACAUUGAUUUCACCAGUCAGCGUAGGUCGAGCGUCCUGUGCCUGAGGCCAGCCUGCUUUACGCUGCUGGAGCCUGAGGCUUGAGAGCAGUGAUGUCUUGGAACAGUGGCUCAUGCCUACACCCUGGAAUGGGGCUGCUGCUGGGCAGGGACACGUGCAGGAACUCUGCAGCCACAUGAACCUCAGCUCUGCCACUCCUGCCCCCAGCAUCAGGUGCUUCCCAGUGGUAGUGGAAAAGCGGCUGUAACUCCCAAGGUCUGAGGCAGGCUGUCUCAUGUGGGGACAGGAAGGCCAGUAUCGUUCCCAGCCUGGGGGGAAGGGGUUGCAGUCUGGUGGGAUGGCACCUUUCCUCCGAGGUUCGCUGGGGGCCCAGCACAGUCAUCCUGACACCAUCUUGCCCUCAGGGAAGAAUGGGUCCCUCCAUCCAUAGGCCCUGCAAAGGGCUGAGCAUCCUAAUGUGGUGCAGAGCCCAGGGGGUGUGGUGUCACCUCUUUGGUGUCUUGUUUGUUGCUGUUUCUGGUAGGCAGGCACACACAACAGGGCCUCGAAGGAGCAUUUCCCUCCAUAGGCCCCAUUGCUGCUGCCUACACCUUCCCCUGGCUUCAGUCACACGGAAAGUCAGUGGUUCCGGACAAAGCUGGCAGCCCUGAGACUGAGAGCGCCCUGGGUGCGGGGCUUCUGAACCCUGAAUGAGAUCACUCUACUCACCCCAAACACAUAGCUCCUGGGCAAAAAAAAAAAAGCUCAUGUCUGGGGAGAAGCCUGGGCUGAACCCUAGAAACAGUUUCCCAUCCUCACCUGCCUUCAUUGCUGGGUGCUGCUAUGGGUGCAUGUAGAAGCCAGGGGCCCUGCUGUCUUCCAGGCAGGAGCUGAGGUUAGGAGAGGGACAAGGCUGUGCAGGGCCCACACACAGGACCCCUUCCUCCGGAUGUGGGGAACACUGGACUUCCUGUAGAGUGGCUCUCUGGAAGCAUGUGCAUGGGGCACCGGUCAUUUUACUCACGGGGGCUGGUGAGAAUUAUGGGGUGGGGAGCAGAGCCACCCCAGAAGGCAGGCCUCAGUGGGCUUCCUCCUACCUCCACCUCUCCUCCCCUCCUGAGGCUUCCUACCACUCCUCCUCACUUCCCCAGGCUCAUGGCUUUAAAUACUGUCAAUGUGCUGAUGACCUUUAUGUUUUGGUUUUCAGCCUGGACCUCUCCCCCGGACUGCAGACCUAGCAUCCGGUCAGCCUCUCUCCCCCAACCAGGGAGUAAGUAUCUCAGCAAAGAUCAGAGGAGGAGGAAGCGAGGGUGCCCAGACAGGUC